AUGGACACUACGCCGGAUGCAUCAACGGUCAUGAACUACCGUAUUCAAGCGUCAAACCUUGAAUCUGGCAGCUCGCUUCUGGAACUACAGCCACAACUUCUAGAAGGAGCCUGCCAAGGUCAACUUCCACGAUAUGUUCCAUGCCUUUCCCGCGCGUACAAGGAGGGCGAACUUGAUGAUGAAGUUGCACAUCUCGUCGAAAUGCUCCGAGGGUUACCUGCUGGCUAUGCGUUUUACACUGGCGGUCCUGGUUCUGGGAAGACUACUACUGUGCUCAAGAGUGUCAGGGCCCAGGAGAGUGAGACUUCUAAUGCUGCUGCUGAUGACAACUGGGGUGCACCAGCUGUCACGGACAACUGGCAAACCUCUGAUACACGCGCCGAUAACAAGUCUAAUUUCCCAGCGUUCCUUCCGUAUGAACUUGAUCCUAAGCGGCUAAGGGCUUAG